CCCCAGGAGCAUGCCUACUAGACUCUCGUGGCGGUCGAGUUGUCUAUUCCCACUUCUUAAUUCUUAUCCGAUCGAUAAAAAACAUGGCGGAAUCUGCUGGAAACUGGUGUCUCAUUGAGAGUGAUCCUGGUGUAUUUACCGAAUUAAUCAAAGAAUUUGGCGUUAAAGGCGCACAAGUUGAAGAGUUAUGGAGUCUUGAUGACGAGCAAUUUGAAAACCUGAAGCCGAUACAUGGACUGAUUUUCCUAUUCAAAUGGGUUCAAGACGACGAACCAUCUGGCAAUAUUGUGCAGGACAGCCGUCUUGAGAAAAUAUUCUUUGCCAAACAGGUAAUAAACAAUGCUUGUGCAACACAAGCCAUUCUAAGCAUUUUACUGAACUGUAAGCAUCCAGAUGUAUCACUGGGCACAACGCUCGAAGAUUUAAAAAAUUUUUGCCAAAGUUUUGACGCCAAUAUGCGAGGUUUAGCUCUGAGUAAUUGUGAUGUUAUCAGAGAAGUGCACAACUCAUUUUCCAGGCAAACCCUGUUCGAAUACGAUUCCAGGCAGUCAUCUAAAGACGAAGACGUUUUCCAUUUUGUUGGCUAUUUACCAAUUGAAGGUCGUUUGUAUGAGCUAGACGGGCUUAAGGAGGGCCCUGUUGAUCUCGGACCUUGCCCCAUUGGUGACCAAUGGGUUCAGGCUGCUAAGCCAAUCAUUCAGAAGCGAAUUAACAAGUACAAUGAAGGGGAAAUCCAUUUUAAUUUGAUGGCAUUGGUAUCGGAUCGAAAACUGUUGUACGAGCGACAGAAGAUGGCUGUGGGACCAGGAAAUCCUGCUGAAAUAGCUCGCUUGCAGUCACUCAUAGAGGAGGAACUUGGAAAAUCUAAAAGAUAUCAAAUAGAAAACAUCAGGCGAAAGCAUAACUAUUUGCCACUCAUAAUGGAGUUGCUUAAACUAUUGGCUAAAGAGGGAAAACUGGUGCCUUUGUAUCAAAAAGCGAAAGAGAGAGCGAUUGAAAAGGAGACUAAACGCACUCGAGACCUUGACAAUCAAAAAAGACUCUAAGGUUGGCUAAAACUGUGUACCAAUAUGUGGAGUGAUUGGCCAAUACCUUCAGUUAAAUUAAUAUUCUAAGCAAAAUUUGGAAAAACUCUUUUUAUUACAAACUUAAUUGAAUUCGUGUUGUAGAUUUAUUUAAAAAGAAAGUAAUAAAAUUCAUUUGAAUAACAAA